UAGUCCGCUCAAGACUCAGGCCUGAUACUCCUGACGAACCUCCAUCAUGUGUGACGACGACGAAGGGUGCGCACUUGUGUGCGACAAUGGCUCCGGCAUGGUCAAGGCUGGCUUCGCCGGUGAUGACGCUCCCCGCGCCGUAUUCCCCUCCAUCGUCGGCCGCGCCCGUCACCAGGGUGUCAUGGUCGGUAUGGGUCAGAAGGACGCCUACGUCGGCGAGGAAGCCCAGGCCAAGAGAGGUAUCUUGACCCUAAAGUACCCCAUCGAGCACGGCAUCAUCACCAACUGGGACGACAUGGAGAAGAUCUGGUACCACACCUUCUACAAUGAGCUCCGUAUUGCCCCUGAGGAGUCCCCAACAAUGUUGACUGAGGCUCCCCUCAACCCCAAGGCCAACCGUGAGAAGAUGACCCAGAUCAUGUUUGAGUCCUUCAAUAUGCCAGCCAUGUACGUGACCAUUCAGGCCGUGCUGUCCCUGUACGCCUCUGGUCGUACAACAGGUCUGGUGUGUGACUCUGGUGAUGGUGUAACUCAUAAUGUUCCUGUUUAUGAAGGCUUCGCUCUACCACAUGCCAUUAUUCGCCUCGACCUGGCUGGUCGUGACCUAACGAACUACCUUAUGAAAAUCAUGACAGAACGUGGAUAUUCCUUCACCACAACAGCUGAACGUGAAAUUGUUCGUGACAUCAAAGAAAAGCUGUGUUACAUCGCUCUUGACUUUGAGAGCGAGAUGAAUGUAGCUGCUGCCUCCGCAUCACUUGAUAAAUCAUACGAACUUCCCGACGGUCAGGUCAUCACCAUCGGCAAUGAACGCUUCCGAUCUCCUGAAGCUCUGUUCCAGCCUUCCUUCCUGGGUAUGGAAUCUGUUGGUGUCCACGAGAGUGUUUAUAAUUCCAUCAUGAGGUGCGACAUUGAUAUUAGGAAGGACCUGUUCGCCAACACUGUCAUGUCUGGUGGCACCACCAUGUACCCUGGUAUUGCUGACCGCAUGCAGAAGGAAAUCACUGCUCUGGCUCCCUCCACCAUCAAGAUCAAGAUCAUUGCUCCUCCCGAGCGUAAGUACUCCGUCUGGAUCGGUGGCUCUAUUCUCGCUUCCUUAUCUACCUUCCAGGAAAUGUGGAUCACCAAGGAGGAGUAUGAUGAAUCUGGUCCCGGUAUAGUACACAGGAAGUGCUUCUAAGAUUUUGUAUUAACUCACUCAUAUGCAAUAUCUUGCAAACACGGUUUUAUUCAAAGGUGAUCUGUAAUUCACUAUUAUCAAUCUCGUAUAAGGAAAAAUCUAAUAUACCUUAUACACUGUGCUCGACCCUCUCAAGAAAUACAAUGUUGUAACUGA